UUUAAUAAAAUACCUUUAAUAAUUCCUUAACAUGUACUCCCCUCUCUUCCUCUCCACCAAGAGAGGAGAUUAAUUCUACGUGAAAUUAUAAUUUUACUGUUGAGUAGUGUUGUGUAUUUUGUGGUGCUCUGACUGUGUGUAAGUUCGUUCGUGUUUGUGUGUCUGUCUGUCGGUUUGUCUCCCUUGCAAUGUUCUUCUCCCGUGUCAUUACUACGACUCACGACUCCCUUUGUAUUGUGUGGUGCACCUAUCUCUUUCCAACCUUUUGUGUUAAUGAUACACAACAUGAUUUACCAUUCAAACGACAACGGCAGCAACAACAAUUAUAGUGCAAAGUGUAGUGGAGAAAAACAAGACACCACCAACAAAAACAACAACAUAACUACAAUAAUUUGAAAUAACAGCAGCCAGCAAGCAAGCAACAACUUACAAACACAUAAGUAGAAAAGUAAAUAGAAGAAGUGUGAAGAAGUAGUAGGCAAAAAAAAACUCAAGAAGAAGAACCACAAACACCGAAAAAUGAAAGAAUAAACGAAAAUAAAAUCAAGAAAGCAGCAACAAGAAGUGGACAAAUGUCAAAUUGAAAGAAAAAUACCCAUACUCUAACUUGAUUUCCUUGUUCUCUUCCUCGGAAUAAAAGAAGACAGUAGCAGCUGUUCUCAUAAGAGUGCAAUUUUGUUGGGUUAAUAAUGGUGUUGUUGUUUGUUUGCUUUAUUUUUGGCAAAUGCAGGCUCUGUUGUGCAAAAAUGCCCUGAAAGUGUGUGAAAGGAAUCCAAAAAGCAAUUAAAAAUUCCCUUAAAAAUCGUUGUUAUUUUAAUAUCCAAAAAAUAUAUUGUUGCGAAAGCUAAUCCUUUCCCGCCUCCCUGCUUAAAACGCAUUUCCCCCCAAAUAAAUUUAUUGUGACAACAACAACAACAACGAUAAAAACCAUAAAGUGCUACUUUUAAAAUUCCCACAAAAAAAUAGUUUCCCCAAACAAAAAGUGAGCAAAGCAAAUAAAGUGAACAAAACAUGUUUUCGGAAGGCAUAUUUCCCAUUGGCGAUGGUCUUUUAGACAUCGAUGAGGAGCGGCUCAAAGGUUUGCUGGUUCCCGAGGAUAUCAACGAAAUUUAUGAUGUUGAACAAACUCCAUUUGCCAGAGGCAAAUUUGCCGCUGUUCGCCGGGCGAUACACAAAAACUCUGGAGUUCAUUUUGCAGCGAAAUUUCUGAAACGGCGAAGACGUGCCCAAUCGUCCGAUAAAGAAAUCAAACAUGAAAUAGCCGUGCUCAUGCUGUGUAAUGAUGCCGAUAAUAUUGUCAAAUUAAAUGCUGUGCAUGAAUCACGUUCGGAUACAGCGCUUUUAUUAGAUUUAGCGACUGGCGGUGAACUACAAACAUUUCUGGACAACGAAGAGUGUCUGAACGAGGGCCAGGCACGCAUUUGCAUGCGUGAAGUACUUAAAGCAUUACAAUUUUUGCACAAACGAUCCAUUGUUCAUUUAGAUUUAAAACCACAAAAUAUACUUUUAAGCGGAGAACGUAUUGAAGAUGGUCUAAAAUUGUGUGAUUUUGGCAUUUCACGCGUUGUUACCGAGGGUACCAAUGUACGUGAAAUUGUCGGCACCCCCGAUUAUGUGGCCCCCGAAGUCCUACAGUAUGAACCCUUAUCCCUGGCCACCGACAUUUGGUCGGUGGGUGUUCUAACCUAUGUCCUGUUGACGGGUUUUUCACCGUUUGGCGGUGAAACCAAACAGGAAACCUUCCUUAAUAUAUCACAAUGUGCACUAACAUUUCCGGAUAAAUUAUUUGGAGGCGUCUCAUCGGCAGCCAUUGAUUUUAUGCGCAAAGCAUUGCGAAUAAAGCCAGGAGAUCGCAUGACUGCUGCAGGAUGUCUCGAACACAUUUGGCUUAAAGACGAAUGUAGCAUCGAUAGACAUAUUUUCAAUACUAAACUCAGCAAUAAGCAGCAAUUGGAACACGACGAUGAGGAAGAUGACGAAGUUGACGAUGAGGAGUUGGAUAGCGAUGAUCAUGCCGUAGCUGUCGAAGAAGAAGACAUCAUUGACAAUGUGUCAGCAGAGGAGCAGGAGCAGCAGCAGCAGCAAGUAGAUUUAGCCCACAAGAGCAUUGUUGAGGAUCAUCAUGAGGUAGUACAUGAAGAAAUUGGAAAUGUUAAAGAUAAACCCCAGGCAAUAAGUGUAGACAAUUCCGAAGAAGAAGAGGAAGUUGAUGAUGAUGAUGAUUUAUUGAACAACAGCAACACCACCACCACCACCACCAACACCAACACUAAUACCACCACUUAUCAGAAAUACAACAACACAAAUGGCCAUAGCAAUGGUUACACUACUUCAUCUAGCACAAUCAACUCAAGCACCUCCAACACCAAUGGCCAUGCCAGGAAUCAUUUAAAUGGUCAUCACAUCAAUGGUCAUGCAAAUGGCCUAACCAAUGGCCAUGCGUCCUCUUCAAAUGGUUUUGGCAAAAUUUCCGAUGACAAGACCUCAUCCCAGCUAGGCACAAAUGGCACAAUGUCAUCCUUUCUAAAGUCUCCCAAAUCGUUGGGCACAGCCACAGCCACAACAAAGACCACGGCGGUCCAUAAUGUGCCAGCAGCAACAAAAGCCAUUACCAUACCCCUAAGCAGUGUACAACAACACCAACAUUUUACAUCGUCAACAAUGUCAACAACACCGCCGCCGGACCAACAACAGUUUCUUCACAUACCAGCCAGACGCCAAUCGUCCGAUUCCAAUAAAGAAAACACCUUUCUGACCACCAAGAAAAUUUCACCCUCUACCAAUGGCAUUAGCAGCGGCAGCAGCGUAGGCGGCGUCGGUGGCAUUAAGAAACCCCAUUUAACAGUAAAACAACAGUCCAAUACCACAACCACAGCAACAAUUCUCAUCAAUCCCACAGCAAUGGGCAAUUCCUCUUCUAUGAUACCCUCUAAUAUUGUGGCCACCAUAACUUUACCCUCCCAUGCUUCCAUAGCAUGUCAGAAUUCCUCCACAUCCGCUUCCCUAAGUGUUGUUAGUCCAAAUACAGCUGCAACCACAACAGCAGCAACUACUAAUGGCACCACCAACAAUCAUAAUUCUUUUUUCCCAGAUGCUCCUACUACACCCAAAGUUAUACGCAAGGCACCAAAUUCGGACACAUCUCCCACCUCGGUUAAGGCUUUAGUGAAGAAAUUCCAAUUGGAGGGUGGCGAACAGCCCAUGAACCCACCAGAAUUUGCCACGAACGGUAGCAGCGGCGGCCUUAAGCCAACGGCCAUUGCUACGACGAACCACACCACAACGAUGAAAACAAACGAAACGAAAACGAAAUUCAUCAAUGGCAGACCAUCGUUGCAGAAUCCUCCGACACAGCAUUCAACGGCCAUUACCAUCAACAAUGCUUUGAGACGAGCCUCCGAGCCCAUAACGGCCAUACACAGCGUUAAGAAGUUGGGCAGUACAACAACAACAACAUCGGCUGGCCCUGUUUCUAUACCGCCACCGCUAUUGGCCAGCAGUAAUAAUUUAAAAACACAGUGUGUUUAUUGUAAUUCCUGUAAUGCAAUAACAAAUGCGGCUGGCAUUACAACAAUAACGGCAAACAAUGGAUGCAGGCAUCCCUCGUCCAAUGCAGGAGUAGGAGCAGCAGUAGCUGCAACAGUGACAACAAAUGCGGUACACAAGAACGGUGUUGCCUCGCCCUUUAGCCACAGUACCAAAUCAUUGAUCAAUGGAGGCGGCAGCAGCAGCAGCAAUGGUAGUCUUACCAGUUCCAGUAGCAAUGCCACCAACACCUCAACAACAUCAUCAAAUGCUUUACUAUUCAAUGGUGGUGGUUCCAACAGCAGCAACAACAACAACACCUCGUCCUCUCACCACUCCCAUCAUCAUCCGGGCCACCACCACCAUCACUCGCAUCACCAUCCGCCCCAUCAUCAUCUGCACCAUCACGGUGUGGUGAAGAGUGCUGGCGCUGCCACAAAUGGUUUGAGUCUAGAUCAGGGUAUUAUCUGUUAGCUAAGGGCCUCUAGGGCGCGAAGGAAUGCCAAAAGUUUCUUUCAUCGUUUCUUGUGUUGCAUGUAGUAUAGGGAGAACAAAACGAGCAUUAAUAAAAACCAUAAAAAUAGUAAUAUUAGUAGUUAUACGCAUUACUAUAGAAAUUAUUUAACGAAAAGAAAAAAGUAUUUUAGUUACUUUUUAUGUUGUACAGAUGGUGGCGGUGUAGCCUAUGAAGAAUUUGUUUAGAGUGAUUGGCCAGCAAAGAAAAAAUAGGGAGUUUUCUAUUUAAUUUAGCAGAAAUAAUGAGAGAAGAAUGUGUAUUUGUAUUGUGGAGUAAGAAACGUAAUGAUGAAAGUUUGACAUUUGUCAUUCACUUUGUUUGGGUUAAGCCUUUUCUUAAUUUACAAUUUUUGUAAUCAUCCCUCUUCGUACGGCUGAUACUGAAAUUAAAGUGGUGAUGAUGUGAAAAAUUUGGGGAUUUAUUAGCCAGUAUUUUAAAGUAGAGGGAAAUCAAAUUAGUUUUUUUACCUAAAAAUUGGGUAAAUCAGAAACCUUGCGGUUGACAGCAAAUUGGGGGGAGUUUUAAACCUGUCCAGCAUAUUAUGUGGAAACAUUUUAUUGAGGGAAAAUUUCAUUCUUUAAUAUCCUUUAUUAGGGAGGGAAAAGUUAAAUAAAAUCCAAAAUAGUUACCCAUGAAAAACAAAAUGAAAAAUAUUGGAAGAUUCAAAUGAGCUAAAACAAUACAAAUGAAAUGAAUACACAUCGAAGAUAUCAAUAUGUUAUGAGCAGCAUAUAAUUUAUAAACUGAAAAUAUAUGUACUACUAAAUUCCGGCAGAGAUUCAAAUUCUUCCCAUUCAAUUAAAACAAUAUCAUAUAUAUUUGAAAUCAGUUUUUUAUAUAUAUUCCAAGAGACCCAAUCUUCAUUUUAUGCAAAUGUAAAUUGAAUUCUAGACAUGAUACAAAUUAAAUGAACACACAUCGAACCAAUAUCAACAUGUAAUGAAGAGCACAUAAUUAUAAAUUGGAAGUAAUUGGAUGCCUAGUAGAAAUUCAAAACCUUCCCAUUUAGUUAUACAAAUAUUUUAUAUUUAAAAUCCAUGUUUUUUAUCAUUCCCAAAGACCCCAUUUCUAUUUUACGAAAAUGUAAUUUUGAGUUAUCUUUCUUGAUUGGACCCCCUAGCAUGAAAAUACUAUUUUAAAAUCAAUAAUACCCUCUUCGAAGUUAGAGUAUUCAAUUUGAUAUGUUCACUUCAAAAAUGUUAUGCUAAAGAUAAGUUUUACCUCGUACCAUUCUUGUAAGAAUCCUUUUGUGUCUGAUUGAAAAAUGUAGUGCCAAUAUUUAAAUCCUACAAAACUAUGUGAUGGGGGUAUUAUAAGUUCAAAAAAGUUUGUAGCACCCGAAAUAUUAGUUCAAGAUCCACGAUAUCACAUAUUGAUCUUCUAUUAUAUCCGUUCGUUUGUCCAUCUGUCCAUGUAAAUUUGUAAUCACGCUACAGGCAUAAUUAUCGUCCUUCCAUCGCGGCAUCUUCCAUAUUUAGGGAAUGUAACGGACCAAAAACUUAAAAAAUUCCUAGUCUUGCAGUAGCUGUACAGAUCACAAUUUAAGACCAAUCAUCACGCUAUUUCGCAUAAGGCUAGAGUUUAGGACAGUGCAGAAGUCUUGCAUUUUGGAUGACCAUCGGAUAAAAUUUAGCGGGUAAAGUAGAGCACAACUUUUGUGUGCAAUUGUCUUAAAGAAUACCUAUUACUACAACAGAGAACAUAAAUAAAGGGCAAAUGCCACCGGUUUGAUCUGUAUGGUACCAUUAAAAAAACUACAAAAAUUGAUUUAGGUCCAAAUGGGCUUUCCAACAUAUUUUAAAUCAAUUCUAAUUAUAUAUCUAAUGUUCUUGAUUUUCACACUGCCCGUGACGUAAACAUUCCGAAUUUCUCAAAAUAAUCUAUAUAUUAUAAAACCGAAUCCUAGGGCCCAUUUCCUCAACAACUUUUAUUUUGAAUUAAAAUUUUAAUUUGAAUCCAUUUUUAAAUCUGCCAAGUAUAGCGAUUUUAGGCUAUUUUGAAAACUUAUUAUUUCUUUCUAAAUCAAAGUUGAAUCUAUUUUGAAAAUAUAAACUAUUAUUUUAAAUAAAGUCUCUUAAAAUUUCAUAUCGUACUGUUCAUCACAUCUGUUACCAUAAGCCAUUGGAGCCUCUUGCUUCAAAAUGAAGUUAUUCAAAUUGUUUGAGACACAUCCGAUUUCUACGUUCGUGACAGUAAAAUGGUUUUUUAUUUCCUCAGAAUAUAUAUUCCAGACAUAAUCCAAAAAUAGGUGGGAGUCCUCCGAAAUGCUCAGUUUUUAGACAUAUAUCUUAGGCAUACACUCAUUUAAAGAAGUUGGUUUUUUAAUAUUUACUCAAAAUAUAUAUUUCCAGACAUUGAACUUAGGCAGGACUUCUUUUCAAUCAAACAUGUGCAAAGGGAUGCGAAAUAGAGAUAUGCAAGUUGUACUGCAAAAAAUUUGAGAUCCGUAUAGGGCAAAUGAUUCUCUUCAAAAAAAAUCAAAAAAUACAGGGUAUAUCAAAAAAAUGCGUAAAAUGUAAUUCGAAAUAAAAAAGCAGAUUUCUGAAAAUGGUUAGUUUUUAUGAUAGUUGUACCCCAAUGGUGUUCUGUUCAUGGAAUUUUGAAUUUAUAUUAAAUUUGGAAUUUAGCUAAUUUAAAGAAAGGAAAAAUUACCUUGAACUUGGCCAGGACUUCUUUUCAGGCAAACAUUUUCAAAAGGAUGAGAUUUGAGAUAUAGCCAAACAUGUUGUAUAAUUAAAUUGAUUGUGUGUUUAAAUUUGAUUUCAAUUACUGCGUAAAAUUAUUUACUUAAACAAUAUUGAUAUACAUAUUGAACUCCAUCGAUUUGAGAUGUGUAUAGGGCAAAGGAUAAUCUUCAAUAAAAAUUCAAAUAAUAUUGGGUAUACCAAACAUAAUUUUCCAAAAAGGAAUUUGGAAAUAAAAAAGCAGCUUUCAAAAAAAUUUUAGUUGGUGUGGCAUUAGUGCCCCAAGAUAUGUCCUGUUCAUGGCAUUUUAAAAUUAAAUUCGGAAUUUAGCUGAUAUAAAGAAAGGGCAAAAUAACUUGAGCUUGGGCAGAACCUAUUUUUAGGCAAACAUUUUCUAAGGAUGAAAUUUGAUAGCAUGGUCAAAUAUGGCGUUAGAUUGGAUUGAAUGUGUGUACAAAUUUGAUUCCAAUUGGUAAAAUAUGUACUUAAAAUAAAGACAAGCAUGUUGAGCUCCAUCGAAAAAUUCCAAUGUAAUUCAAAAGCAACUCUCCCAAAAUAUUUAGUUAUUGAAACAUUAGUACCCCAAGAUGUUCUGUUCAAGACAUUUUGAAUUCAAAUAAAAUUCAAAGUUUAGCUACAUAACAAACUUUAGCUGGUUAACUAAAGUAUAUACAAAAGAAAUAUAUAAGAAAAAUCCCCACUUACUUCCAAUACAAAUUACACUUCUCAAAUGAAAAAAAAAAAUAAAUAUCCCCAGGGCCAAAUUUUAAGAUCAUUUCUAAACAAAUUUCUGCUCAUACAUAAAACAAAUGGUAAUGAAAAAGAAAAACAAAAACCCUCUAAACAAGUUUUAGUUUAAAGUGUAAAAUAAUUAAAAUGAAUUAGUUAUUGAGAUAAUACAAGAAAGAAAAAACAACAAAGGAAUACAAGCAAAGAAGAAAGAAAACCAGUAUGUACUUUAAAAUACUUUCUAUCUCUCUCCUACCCCUGAUUGCAUCCCACCAACAUCGUCCCACAAAUUCCUUUCAUAUUUAAAUAACAUAUCAAUCUAAAAAACAAAACAACAAUUUUAAUGUUUUAUUAUCCCACUUUCCUUGUGAUCACAAUUUCCCCAAAUUAAUCCCCCAUCCAAAUUUCCUAAAGGUCUCUUAUUUGUGUGAUUUCAUCUAUAUUUUUUUAAUUAUAAUUAUAAAAUUAGUUUCAUUCUCUUCUAUAUAUUUUCAAUGUUUAAUGCAUAAUUAAUUUUCGUCUUUUUUAAGCUUAUCAAACAAAAAGAUUUACUAUAUAUUUUUGUCUUUAUUUUUUUUUUUAAAUAUUAAAAAAUAUUAUUAUUUUGCUUUGGAGUAUGAUAAUUCUUUAUUUCAUUUAAACAAAAAUACCCUCCAUUUUUUUAAAUAUUGCUAUUUUUAAAAAAAAUAAGUUUAUAUGUUGUACUGCUUAUGUUUUGUCAUGCAUUUGUUCAAUCGACAUAUGUCUACAAAGUAUUCCAAGUGGAGAACGACGGAAACUUUAUUAACAUUAUUUUGGGAAUUCUUAAUAAAAAAAAAUAAAUAUCGGAAGAAACAAAAAAUGGAAACUAUGCUGUUACUAAAAUUAAAAAAAAAAACAAUUAAAUUAAUGAGAAAAAAAAAUAAAUAAAAACAAAAAUCCACCCUAAAAGGAACAAAAUAAAAAUCCAACAGUUUGAAACUGUUUCAGUAUCUCAUUGCGAGACUGGGUGAAAAGUGAAAAAUCUUAAUAAAAAAUCUACGAUUUAUUUAAUUAAUGUAUUUUUUGUUUUUAAUUUUUAGCUAAUGUUAAAAUAAUUCAAAUUAAAAAAAAAUGAAAAGUUGUUUAAAAUGUUAAAAAAAUUGUCAUGAAAAAAAACUAUAUUAUAUAUGCCUACUAUAUAUACAUUAAUUAAUUUAUAAAUAUUAAAAUAAUUAAAACAACAACAACAAAAAGAGAAAUGAAAAGAAAAGAAAUUAUAGUUUUUAGUAAUCCCAAUUAUUUUUUUUUUCCAUUUAAGUAAUAUCCCAACAUACACUAAUUAUUAAUUAAUUAAUAUAAUUAUAAUUAUUAUUAUUUUGCUGAAUGCUGAAGUUUUUAAAGAAAACGUUAUACAAAAAUUUAAACUGAAGAGAACUUAAUAAAAAUUUAUUAAACAAAAAAACCUACAAA